UUCCCGUACUGUGGAGCUCCUCAGCAAGUAUUCACGCAAAUUUCUGUAAUCACUCAGCAUGGUUAGUAAACUAUUUAUUUCGAUUGCUUGCCUGAUGUCCAUGACCGGGUGCUUUGGACAGUUUUCAGGUUCGUUGACUCCGGACUAUAAAGGCGGUAACAAUUUAAACCUCAACGCGCAACAUGGCGUCGGCAACGCUCACGAAAACGUGGUCGGAUCCCUUGGAUUGAGUGCCAAUACGGCCGGUGGUCCUCCAACCGGUAACCUAGGACUCGAUUAUAACAGAGGUUUGAACAGUGCCGGAGUAUUUGGAUCACACACUCCGGGUCAACAAAAUACUGUCGGUGGACGCGGAAGUCUCAACCUGUUCAACAGUAAAACUGAUCGUCUGGAUCUCACCGGAUUUGCGAGUAAAACUCACACCCCAACCAACGACAUUACGAAAUUUGGUGCCGGUCUCAAAACGAACGAUCAUGGGGUUUCUUUCAGUAAAAGUAACAUGCCAGGAGUUGGUUCGCAGACUCGUUUCGAUGGACAGGCAAACCUAUUCAAAACCGAUUCCAACCGACUGGACGCCAAUGCGUUUAAAACUUUCAACAACCCCAAACAAGGACCGUCCUUCGGCAGUCAUGGAGCUGGUCUCGAUUGGAGCAACGUCAGAGGGCACGGAGCCUCGGUUGGAUUCGACCGGACACCGGCUCUGAAGGAGACGAAUGUUUUCGCCACUGGAAGAGCGAAUCUUUGGCAGAAUAAGGGAAGCUCUCUGGAUGCGUUUGGGACGGCGAACCGUGCACUGUCCGGACCGAACCGCGGUAGAACUGAUUUCGGUGGCGGGCUCGGUUUGAGUCAUCGGUUCUAGAAAAUGUUCUGUUUGAAAGCUUACUUGAAGGUUCAGUUCCUAAUAUAUUUUUUAAAAUCAUCCAAUAAAAACAAAUUAAAUUUGAAUAAAUCACUGUUGAACACAAA